AUGGAAAAGGUCAAAGAGUACGGAAGCAGCGUCCUCGUCUCUCCUACGAUUUCCAGAAGUACAGAUGACUGCGCGAAAGGAUCAAUCUCAUCGUCAUUCGCGGUUUCGCGUGGUUCCCCACCUCGUAUCCCGAGGAACAGAGAAAAAAAAGGGGGCUCGAUCUGGAGGAGGUCGAAGGAUGAGCGCCAGAGCAUCCCUGGUGGGGGCGUAUCAGCACUCGGGGUGCUAUCCAAGGAUAUAUAUACCGACGAAGUUACUUCCACCAUCAGUCACUGUCUCGACUUACCUCAGCACUGCGGUGUGUUUUGUACGUACGGAUCGGUUGGAUUCGCCCACUCGAGGGUGCUUGCGCCAGCAAACAUGCGGCUACGCUUGUUCUGGAUCGUCUUGCUGGCUGUCGCUCGUUCAGCUCUGGCUGAUGAGGGAUAUAAUUAUCCCAGACCAACAAAUGGACUUGUGCCAGGUGGUCCAGGAGGAGGUCCUGGCACUAAGCCAGGAGGGGGAUUUCCAGGAAUGCCCGGUAGAUACCCAUCUGGCCCUGGAGGACCUGGAGGACCUGGAGAACCAGGAAGACCGAAUGGUUAUCCAUCAGGUCCGUCAGGAUUUCCAAGUACACAACCAGGUGGGCAACCAGGUGGGCAACCUGGAUUUCCAUCUGGUCAAGGCCCUUCCGGUGGAUACCCUAGUGGACGACCUUCCAUCCCAUUUCCGAGCGGUGAACCAACAGGCAGACCUAGUCCAGGAACAGGCCCAGGUGGGUAUCCAUCUGGACCAGGUACACCAACGGGACCCGGUGCACCAGGAGGAUUUCCAACAGGGCCAAGCACUGGAUAUCCUGGUGGCAGGCCUAAUGGGCAAGCACCAGGCGGUUUUCCAGGUGGGCAAAGACCUUCUGGAUAUCCGAGUAACGGACAACCAGAAACUCCAGGCUAUCCUAGUGCACGACCGGGCGGGCAAGGACCAGGCGGAAGAUAUCCCGAACAGAUUCCUGGAGGCUAUCCCGGUGGAAUGCAGAAGCCUGGUGGCCCAGAAGGUGGAUAUCCUAGUGGAAGACCAAGCGGUGGCUAUCCAGGAGGUGCUCAGAGACCUAGCGGUGGUCCAGGUCCUCAGGGACCAGGUGGAUAUCCAGGACCGAGUGGCCCUGGAGGUCCAGGUGGACCAUCUACCGGCGGUUACCCUAGUACUAAACCAGGAGGACAGAGACCAGAAGGCUAUCCGAGUGGCCCAAGUCCACCUGGCCCAACACCGGGCGGUUAUCCUGGUGCUCCAGGACCACAAGGUCCGGGACCGCAAGGACCAGGAGGAUUUCCAAGUGGGCCAGGAUCUCAAGAACCAGGAGGAUUUCCAGGUGGACCAGGUCCGCAAAGACCAGGAGGAUUUCCGAGUGGACCAACUGCUGGCCAACCUGGAGGACCUGGGGAAUAUGGCCAUGGUGAUGAAGGAACAUAUGAUGAAGGUGAUUACUCAGCUAUUCCAGGCGAGCCUGGUCGCGAUUAUCCUAUAUAUAGUGAAAUUCCGGAAACCAGUUUUCGUUGCGAUGCGCAACAAUUUCCUGGUUAUUACGCUGAUGUGGAAGCUCAGUGCCAAGUUUUUCACAUAUGUGCCAAUAAUAAAACCUACGACUUUCUUUGUCCGAACGGAACAAUUUUCCAUCAACAAUACUUUGUCUGUGUAUGGUGGAAUCAAUUUGAUUGUAACUCCGCGCCAAGUUUUUAUAAUUUAAAUGAAAACAUUUACGAUCAUACUAUUAUGGGAACACCUGGUCAAAGACCCGGCAUUGAAGGACCUUCAGGACCUCCUGGACCUGGUACAUAUCCAGGAGGUCCAGGUGCUCCUCCUGGUGCUCCAAGUGGCCCGGGUUAUCCGGGAGGACCGCAACGUCCUGGUGGUGGUCCUGGAGGUUAUCCUGGAGAACCUCAAGGUCCAUCGAGACCAGGCGAAUAUCCAGGAGAACCUCAAGGCCCAUCAAAACCAGGCGGAUAUCCGGGAAGACCUCAAGGUCCAUCAGGACCAGGUACAUAUCCGGGAGGACCUUCAGGUCCAUCGGGACCAGGUACAUAUCCAGGAGGACCUUCAGGUCCAUCGGGACCAGGUACAUAUCCAGGAGGACCUUCAGGUCCGUCAGGACCAACUGGACCAGGUUAUCCAAGUGGGCCAAUGGGUCCAGGAGGUCCAAGCGGUUUUCCAGGAAGACCGGGAGGACCUCAAGGUCCAUCUGGUCGUCCAGGACCCGGAUAUUUAACUCCACCGGUAGGACCAUCAGGACCUCAAGGCUCUCAAGAACCAGGAUAUCCUGGUGGAAGACCUCAGGGACCUUCUGGACCUUCAGGAAGACCACAGGGACCUAGUCCCAGUUAUCCAGGACCAAGUGGACCAUCUCCAGGAUAUCCAAGUGGCCAGCCUCAAGGACCUCCUGGACCGCCGAGCUACCCAGGUCCAGGAACACCGAGUGGUCGUCCACAAGGACCUAGUGGACCAGGAGGAUAUCCUAGUGGUAGACCGAGCGGUCCAUCGUUUCCAAGUGGACCAAGCGGACCUACUGGGCCAGGGACGAGUCCAUUCCCGCCACAAGGUCCCCCGAAGCCAGAUCGUGAGUACUUGCCGCCACGGAUUGGAUAAUCGAAACUAAACUUCCAGCCGAUAUCUAACGACGAUUCCCACCGUUGUUAAUGCUGGAUGAGAUGUGUAAAUAUGCGUACAGUUUUACUUGCGUAAUUUAGGUAUCGAUUAUUCGUAUUGCAUCCAUUUUAAUAUAUAGCGAAUUCUGCUUUUGUGUUUACUUAUCCUAAGGUUUCCAUCUAUUCAAUUAAAAGUUUAUAUUGUUUGUUCCCAAUGUUAUUAGUAAAAAAUAUUUAUUUUACUAGCAACUAUACAAAAUUUAAGCAUCUUUAUAUAGUUAUUAAAU